AUGUGAAAUAAAAAAUAUUAUUAUUAAUACAACAAAAUGUGUGUUGCAAAAUUUAUUGUAUAUAUUCUGUUGGUUUUCGAAUUAUACAUAGAGAGGUCUAUCUCAGAUUCUGGCCAGACAUGGAACUGCAGUGCCAACCAUAUGGAAUUAAUGUCCAGGAAAGAAAUGACAAUCGCUCAUGGACUUGAACUUAAGGGUUCUGGUUCUGGUUCUGUUUCUGGUUCUGGUUCUGUUUCUGGUUCUGAUUCUGGCAUUCGGAAGCAGGUCUCACUGCGGACAGGCCAUGCUCCAUUGAGUGAAGAGGCGAACUCCAACAGGCAUGACGAUAUCGAUGGGGCGUUUCACUUUCUAGUAACCGGCGGCUAUCGUCCCGAGAAAAACGAACUGGUAAAGUUUGUUGUCUCAUUGCGCACAAAAGAGCCACGUAAAUUCUUUGGCGACAAUCAUUUUUGUGGUGGCAGUCUAAUAUCUGCCAAGCUGGUUCUCACGGCGGCCCAUUGUCUAUUUAUUGGGAGGAGCAAGAUUCAGGCCAGAAAGUUGAAGGUCGUUGCUGGUGCGCCGCGUCGUCUACUGCAGACGGUCAGCACCCAGGAAAUGAAGGUGGAGAAAGUCAAGCCACAUUCAAAAUUCUCAAGCACUCGCCUCGUCAAUGACAUUGGCAUUGUUAAGCUUAAGGAUGGCGUCCAAACAGAUGAAACGUUCGUUGCUAUCAUACCCUUGACUGAUCGGGAUCCUCAGCCUGGAAAGCAAUGCACAGUCGUUGGAUGGGGUACAGUUAUUCAGUACGGCCCUAUCCCCGACGAGGCGGUCAACGCAGAUCUGUCGAUUAACACAUAUGCCUUCUGCUCGAAACUACAAGGAUUCACCAAAGGCAUGAUUUGCGCCUCGAACGCAAAUGAUCACCAAGCGGACAGCUGCCAGGGUGAUUCGGGUGGUCCCCUUAUUUGCGAGGGUAAAAUAGCUGGCAUUGUUUCAUAUGGAUUCGGAUGUGGUGUGCCCAAUUCGGCUGGCAUCUACACCGAUGUGCAUCACUUUCGCAAGUGGAUUGAAUCGAAUGUGGCAACAUGCCACUUGCCACUGGCCAAUUGGUUGCACUGCCUAAUAUUAGCAGCCAUGCAACUGUACUAUUUAUAAAAUGUAUGCUUUAUAAUGCAUCGAAUUUUGCGCUUUAGAUGUGCAACAGGUGCGGCAUUCUGCAUUUGACAAGCCAAAAUUGAGUGAAACCAUGGCCCUGAAGUCGGCCCAGCAAAUCCAAAACAAGCGACAAAAUGCGGUAACCAUUACGCUCACUUACACAUACACCAACACACCAACACACCAACACAGCAACACUGCAACACAUCAACACAGCAACGGGUGUAUUUGUGCAGCCGCACACAAAUGCUGUGAUGGGCGCACACUCAUUUUGGUCAACGGUGGUUUCUGGUUUAUGGGUUUGCUGCCACAUAACGCACUGUUUACUGUCUCUGACAGCAAUUAUCACAUCACCCGCGAAGCGCACAAGUAUCUGCCAUAAUAAAUGUUAUAUAUGUAUAUGUUGGGUGGCUGAUACAUCUGUGUGAGUUUUGAAAAUAGUAAAUAAACGGCUAAGCAGAAAAUUGUAAACGUAAA